GAGCAGCUUUAUGUCGACAGAAAGGGUUGCGAUAGAAACGGAACACAGUGCUCCAAUCAAUGACUGUCCAUGAAGAAAAGACGACGAGGUACCGGGUAGGUCUGAGUGUGAAUCUCUGCAUCGGACCGGUGAACUUCUACGAUGGAUUGAUUGGUAACGAGCAAUCAUUGCGCAUUCACCUCCCUCUCUCCCUCUCUCCUCUCCUUCCCCUCUCCUCUUCCCUGGUCAGCAGAAUACGCAUCCACUCCUCAUACACACACACUACUGCACCACCACCCGAAGUAAUCAAAUUAUCGCCAGUUUUCCACCACUCCCAACUCACGGAUCUGCCAAAAAGAGAUUUCGCUAGUCGCAAGAGUUGGAUCAUCCUCGAUUCCCUCAUACCGGCUCUUCCCACCGAAAAGGGCAACCAUUCGCCAUUUUGGGUUGAACCGCCCGCCCAUCAAGUGACCACGGGAAUUCUUAUUAGAUGAUUAGAAAGGCAGAGCGAGAUUGUUGACCUGUCCAUGGACCAGCUGGGGGCAAGGGAGCGCGAAGGGGAAGAGGAUGUGAAGCUAUAAACUCGAGUGGUAAACUUGUAAUAAAUCCCUUCUUGGCUAUAUUUCCUAUUUCCCUCCACCCAGCCAGUUCGAUUCAGUUACGAUAUCGUAUUCUCUUGUACCCUAGAUUACGAUUCCAAAUUUCAUUACUUGACUACCCAGGUACUUAUUACUACUAACCGUUAAACAUACCUCCUACCUUAGUAUCAUCUAUCGUACAUCCACCAAGAAAAAAAAAAGAUUAAUCUCUUUCCAUCCUUUUUUUCCUUCCCUCCCUCAUUAUCAUCACUUGCCUAACAACACGAUUUUGCACCUCUUUUCGACCUCUUUCCGACUGCUCAAGAACGCCUUGCCCCCCGACACCAACGAAAGAAAUAACGAUAUUCAUUAGCACAAGUGAUCCAGCGAUAUUGCGUACACGUAUACACAUAUAUAUAUAUAAAUAUUGGCCGGUCGGAGUAGUUUUGGUUGUUCCUUUCUCCUGCUCGAAUCCGAAGACUUGUUGCUUGAUUCCACCAGGUGUUCAGUCUCAGCCAUUGUUGUUGUGCUUGCCGGGUUUUCAUUUUUUGGUGAGUUGAACUUUUUUUCCCUCAUGAAAAAAAAAAAAAAUCCAGUAGUGAGACACAAAUUUUCUCUUGCUUCGCCUUUUCUUUCCCCUCCUUCAAAACAUCCACACGCCGCUUUCGCUGCUAUUACAAUAUCAAUUUUCAAUCCUCGGCUACAUACUUCAAAGCGUUUUUUUCUCCUUGUGUGCGCUCCAAUCUUCGAGGGAUUUUGCCUCCAAGCAUCAUAUCGGGAGGUUAUUGACUUUACUUCAGUCGAUCAUUACUAAUAGCACGAGAUCAUUAUACAGAAUUCCAUACUCACGACAAUCUCAGUCGUAUACGUUCCUUUCAAUCAGAUCGAGCACCCUGCUGGCCUUCAGUUCUUCCGAAGCAUCUAUUCGAAUUGACGAUAUACCAAAAAUGUCUUAUUACGAUAAUCAGCAAUGGUCUGCCUCCGGGCAACCUUCUUGGGAGCAACAAACCCCACCUGCUCGUUCUGGCGCCAGCUCAGUAGUUCCGCGCGAGGACUCCACUGCUUUCAGCACACAAAUCGAGGAGGUCGACCGUGCCAUUGACAAUCUGGUCAAGAGUGGAAAAAUGUUCAACCUACCAGCUGGCGGUCGUCGUGAUUCCAUGCCAAUGGUUGGUCCUUCGAGAACCUUCCCGGAACAAUUCGAUCCUCGAAUGACUGCUGGUCCUCCACGACACCAUUCGGUUAGCGAUUUCGGUGAUGCUCGGUCUUUCUCGGGAUCCAAUCUUCAGAAUUUCUAUGCCAACCAGCGACACCAACCAUCGAGAUGCGCAAAUGAAGCCGAACAAGUGAUGCAGGCGAAGAGGAGAAUGGCGGCUCAGCGUGAGAGAGAAUUGCGCAACUAUCAUCAAGAGCAGCAAUAUAAUCGAAGCGUUACAGCUGAGAUCUUGGGAGGCAAACCAGACCGUAUCGCAAGCCCAGGUAGCGGUAUGAGCGAGGAAGAACGUCGUGAGUUGAUUGCCCGUCAGCGAAGUGCUCUCUAUGGAGAGGGACCAGCCUUCAAUGCCGAAAAUGGCAGCUUCGAUGAAAAUGGAACCCCACGCCCAACAAAUCAGGGGUCCACCUCGCAAAACCUUAAUGCUGCACCAGGUGCGAUCAGAGGACACUCGCCUCUUGCCUUUGAGCACUUCAAUUCUCAAGCUAGCCAGGCGGAAAACUCGAAUCAGCAAAAUGCUACCGAGUCCCAAUCCGCUGCAGCAGCACAGGCUCCAGGUCAACAACGAUCUCGCGCUAACAGCACAUCCUCCCCAUCAUCCAAUCCUACCAGCUUUAGCUUAUUCGAAUCUGCUGCUCAACAGUCUAGUCGAACUUCGACUUCCUCCCCCGGUGGGUCCCCACCACGCCAAGGAGGAAAGGCUCCCGCUAGCGGCGUGGCUCCAAUUGGCACUAGACCCAGUGGUCAAGCUGCUAACCCAGCUUUAAAUAAGCGAUCCACUACCCCUUUGCCAUCUCCACUAAGCUAUGGCUUUGCUGCCAAUGAUUCAACUACUGAAUCUAAGGAUGCAAGAACGACUUCCGCUUCGUCAAACCCCAACCCACAAGGACAGACUGAAAGUGGACUAGGCUGGGGAUCCAAGAGCGGUGUUUGGGGCAACAAGAAUCUUGGUGUACAGGCUUCGGUAUGGGGAUAAAUUUGGCAUGGGAAUAUGAAUGAACAUAGAACACAGGCGCGAAUGGACAGGGGUAUGAUUGAUUGAUAUCUGCAUAUGUUUGCGCGUGGUGGGUGGGAAUGGACAAAAAGAAUAUCGAUAAUAAGCUUGGCAUGGCAGGCGUAUGGAACCUUUGCAGAAUUUAUCGGCAGGCAGGUUCUGGACGGAGGGGAGCGAGUUUUUCACCACCUCGCUAUCAUGCUUUGCUUUCAGCACAUAUUGCGGGAGUCUAAAUGAAUCUCGGCAACGGCAACAAGGGAGGAGUCUUUUACUGUUUUUUUCACUCUCGGAUGUUCAAAUGGUAAUAACGGGUAGGCAUGGAUUCUGCUGUUUUGUUUUUGUCUCCUGGCAUUUACGGCGAAACAACAAUCUGGGGGUCUUGAAGUGGGGUUCGAUAUCUUGCAAAGGUUUUGGUAUGGGUGUUUGCUUUUCGUUUCCUACACAUGGGGUGUUAUGUUUCGAGGUGGGAAAACUAUAUCAAGGAGGGAGUAAAAAUUAAACAACAAAUGGAAUAGUGGGAUGAAAUUUGACGAUCUUGGGCAUGGAAUGGAAUGGAAUUAAAAGUCUCUUGAAUCACUGGGGAUGAGCGCUUUCACCUUUCGUUUUGUGUGUUGUGUGCGUGUGAGAUUUCCUGAAUUUACUUCGCUCGCUUGUGGUCCUGGUUUUGCGUGAGAGCGUUCUGCUGUGACGUCUCAUGGGGUUAGGUCUGGGGUAUGAUGUGUGAUGGUAUGGGAUUGGCAUUGAUGGGAUCAGGAUUCUCUUUUUUGUAGGGUUUAUUGAGGGGGAGGGGUUUGUAAUUAAGAUGUUUGCGUCUUUGGGAAAUGGGUAAUGGUAUUUUAGUGACUUGGGAGGGGGCGGGUCAAGAGGAGGGGGCAGGUCAUCAGGCCGGGUACAAUAUUUGGAUGGGUUAUAUACGGAAUGGCAAAUUAAUUCGAAUGGAACACAAUUUGGUACAUAUACAUAAGUUUGUUUUUGUUGUGGAUGCAAUUUAACGUUCAAAUGGUUUGAUCUGGGUGAAGUGAAUGUAUGCAUGAGUAUUGGUAAUGUAAUGCAAUGAGAUGGCCAUUUGUAAAUGUCCGGCA